AUGACGAACCAUGUCGACACCUCAACGCCGAAACAUUCGGUUCCCUUCGCCCGGCCCCUCAGACCGGCCCGAAACCAGUUCAAACCGCGAGAAGAUCCCACCGGAGACAUCACCCCUAAGGCGGCCCCACAGAAGAAAGUCAAUGAAGGGACAGGAGACGGGGAGCCCAAGGACCCUCCUGAGAUUACAACACCAAGGAAAGAAGAGACUCUUGCUCAGAGAAUGAAGAAGACGUGCAAAAACAUCGACGGAUUCAUCUACGAACUUCCCAAGAAUGGGAUAAUGAAAGACCAGCCUAAUAAGCUGGCCAAGGUCGAGAUCGGCGACAGAGGACCCACCAGCGCAGCUGGAUCGGGAAAGGUUCUCAUGCUUGUCGGCGGCACAGGAGCAGGCAAGAGUACACUCAUCAACUCAAUGGCGAAUUACGUUUACGGAGUGAAAUUGGAAGACGAUUUCCGCUUCAAGCUGAUCGUCGACGAGGGUAGGAAGCCCUCAGUCAAGAGCCAAACCAAGUGGAUCACGGCAUACGUACUACAUCAUCAGCCAGGAUAUGCUUUCCCUUGCACAUUGACGCUCAUCGAUACCCCCGGGUUCGACGAUACAGAAGGACUUCAGGAAGAUGAAAAGUUGAGAGACCAACUUCGGAAAUUAUUUUCCCAAGGGGGAAACAUCGGAGUGGAUCAGCUAGAUGGAGUAUGCUUCGUUGUCCAAGCCUCUCAGGCAAGGCUUACAACCUCUCAAAAGUAUAUAUACGACGCUAUUUUGGCUGUGCUCGGAAAAGAUAUUGAAAAAAUCAUCUAUGUGCUGACAACAUUUUCGGAUUUCCAGAAUCCUCCGGUUCUAGCAACCGUUCGGGAAGCAGGUAUCCCUUACAAAAAGCAUUUCGAAGUCAACAAUCAAGCAAUAUUCGUUAAGUCUGAUGAUGAGCCCAACGAGUUAGUCAAAUGCUUUUGGUCCAUGGGAUAUCGAAGCUUUAAAAAAUUAUUCAAGGUUAUCAUUCAUGCAGAACCCGUAAGCCUGACUCUGACAAAGGAAGUCCUGCAGCAGAGGAAGCAUUUGGAGGCAGCACUCCAGGGCAUCUUGCCACAAAUCAAUACAGCUACAGGAAGACUGGAACAGCUGAGAGAAACGUAUGCAGCUUUGAGGCAGCACGAAGCAGAGAUGAAUGCGAACAAGAAUUUCCGCUACACCGUGAAGGUCGUGAAACGCAUGAAAGUAGACCUGGAUGUCGGAACGUAUGCGACAAACUGUCUCACAUGCAACAUGACCUGUCAUUUCCCUUGCUCUGUUGAGAACGACAAAGACAAAAAUACAUGUUCUGCCAUGCACACUGUAGGAACGAUCACUUGCUGUCAAAUCUGUCCCUGGAAAUGUGCAUGGGAUGAACACGUCAAUAGCAAAUACCGUUUCAAAAUCUACGUAGAAGAUGAAAUGCAUACAUUUACGAAUUUGCAGAAAAGAUAUGAGGCAGCCGUUGGGAAACGGUUGAGUACCAAAGACGUACUAAAUACCCUCAUCAAGGACUUCAAUCAGGAGAGAGCCAAAGUCUACGAGCACACAAAGAAGGCGCACGAAUGCCUACAAAUACUCGACCAGAUAGCCCUGAAGCCAAAUCCAUUGAGCAUCUUAGAGUACAUUGAUCUCUUGAUCAACAAUGAGGAACGACAAGGCAAUGCUGAGUGCAUCCAGAGGAUGAAGUAUCUUGAAGACGCUAAGAGGAAAGUCGAAUUGGCCAAGAAACUGAAGGAAAAUUUUGAUCCUUUCGAAGCAUGUAUGAAAGAGUUCACAGAACUAGGGAUGGAUAUUUCCGUCUUCGAUCCCCAUCCAGACUAA